UCCAGAGGCUAUGAUUAGCAUUAUGGUAAUUGCAUCCCAUCCUGCUUCUGCCUGCGUGCGAAGCUACUCCAGCGAUAAAAGUAAGACGAUAUCUUGACUCCGUGGCUAGUCCUGAUAGCCUAGACUAAUCAACGUGAGCAAGACAGUUGUAUCUUGGCUGAGUGAGAUGCGACAUUACCCAAGAUAACUGAAACAUCAGAGAUUAGCAUGCAGGAGAUACUGCCCUUGAGGUGUGUCUGUCAAGGUUAAGGCAGCAAGAUGAUAGCGUGGUGGCGAAAAUGACACCAUAUAAUUCAGGCAUCAACUAUUUCCUCAAUAAGGCACAUGCGGAACUGUCUACCAUGACCGCGGGCCGUAUCGUCAUCUUCCGCUACGCAUUUCUAAAUUCUUAUCAAGACAACGUCCAGCCAGUCCAACCCAAAAUGGCUCUUGUAUCGUACUCAGACUCUGAAGCUUCAGACUCGGAGCAAGAAACCAAGGUCACUCAACAAUCAAACAGAAGCCAAGCUCCCACGCCUGCGAAUCCACCCAAGCCCUCCUCCGGCGCAAACUUCGUCAUCCGCGUUGCUUUACCGGAGAUCAAACCCGAGAACCCUACUGCAGAUGGCGAAGGCGAGCCAGCCCGGAAAAGGGUCAAAACAGGCGGAGGCGGGGCAUUUUCAGGUUUCAAUGCCCUUUUACCACCUCCUAAGAGGACCAACGUUACAGCGGAGAAAGAUAGGAAGACGGCUGCGCCAGCUCGGAAGGUGUUCAGCUUGAAGACCGGCGCGGCUCCUGGUUUUGACCGCGAGGCUGAUGAGGAGUUUCGGAGGGAGCAGGCGUUCGAUAGCUUGGCGGGUGAUGGCGAUGAUGAGACGAUACCCAAGCCCGGGAGUCUUCGGAGUGGGCAGCCUGGCGACAACAAUGCCGCGACGGCUCAGGUAGACGGAGAGAAAAAAGAGGAGCUCAAGUUGAAGGGGAAUCCGAUGAUGUUCAAGCCGUUGUCCGUGGGGCGAGCGUCGCAGAAGAAAAAGAAACAACCGGCAAAAGCUGCAUCGUCGUCUUCUUUGACAACUGCGAACGAAACAACAGCUCUACAAUCCUCGCAUACGUCCAAUGAGCAACCAGCACAGCCAGCGCUACCCGCGCCUCAGAAACCGAAAAUCAGUCUGUUCUCCUUGUCCACAGAAGAAACUACGACUUCGAAGAUGCCCGAACCCCAAGCACAAGCCGCUACUUACGAGCCAUUGGUGUACACCACCGACCUAGAAGCCACCCCGGCCGGCCCAGAGCCGGAGCCUGAACCCGCGACGGCCCCCUCACAGCCACCGACGGAUCAAACAUUGGAUAACAUCGCAGACGAUCUCAACUUGUCCCGGGCCCAACGGCGACAGCUCUUUGGACGCAAUGCCGACCCUUCCAAAUCUCGAAUUCUGCACUUCAAUACAGACAAGGAAUACAUCGCCAACCAGGAGUUGGCCCACCAGACAGAUCUUGCUGCUGCCCAGCACAAUCCGGUUCGGGCCAUUGCUCCGGGCAAACACACUCUGCAACAGCUGGUCAAUGCGGCGAGCACCCAACGGGAGGCUUUGGAGGAGAGUUUUGCCGCUGGACGAAGGAACAAAAAAGAGGCCGGAUCCAAGUAUGGGUGGUGAACUUCCUGUACUCUCUGGUCGUGUUAUGCAAGUCUUUCUGGAAGUAGUCUAUAGAUACCAAAUAUAUCCGCAAUUUAUUGUUCACACUGGAA